UAUUUGAUUAGAAAUAAUUUUAGGAUUGAUAAAACUAACAAAUUGUUGAGAGAAUAUUUGACUCAAAACAACACGGAAAUGGUUGACUUAAUAGACAUUUGGUCAACCACACAACCAAUAUGGGAAUUUUCCAGGGAUGCGAUACAUUAUUACAGAAAUGUUUAUGACGUUCAAGCUCAGUUAAUCAUUGAUAAAUUGAUUGAGAGGUUAAACAAAUUAUAG